GGUCGGCGUCAUACAGGACCUUUCAACAUGGCGGCUACUGGUACAAAGUCGGUUUUGUUCGUUUGCUUGGGCAACAUUUGCAGAUCCCCCAUCGCUGAAGCAGUCUUCAGGAAGAUGGCAGCUGAUGCUGGUGUUGUUGAUCAGUGGGUCAUAGACAGUGGUGCCACAUCGGACUGGAAUCUAGGCAGCUUACCAGAUGCCCGCGGUCUAGCCUGCCUCAGGAAGCAUGGCAUUGACACGAACCACAGGGCCCGACAGGUGACCAAAGAUGACUUCAUGAGCUUUGAGUACAUUCUCUGCAUGGAUGAGAGCAAUCUGAGUGACUUGAAAAGAAAGGCAAAGUCUGUAAAAGACUACAGAGCAAAGAUUGAGCUUCUUGGCUCCUAUGACCCUCAGAAGCAGCUCAUCAUCAGCGACCCUUAUUAUGGAAGCGAUGAAGACUUUGAAAAGGUGUAUGAGCAGUGUGUGCGAUGCUGCAAAGCUUUCCUGGAGAAGAACUCCUAACAUCUUCCCUGACUUGUCUUUCCUAGUCCGAUGAAUGAACUUGUAUUAUCAACUCAAUAUGCUUACACAAACAUAUGUAUAACUCUGUUGUGAAUACCACUGAAUGGCACCAGAAUACCUCUUUCAGUGUUGUAAACAUGUUGUACAUCUAGAACAGUACUGCGUGCACAGUUCAGAGACUGUAAAUUCAGGUGAUUAAUAAAACAAAUAAAGGGAGUGUGGCUGUUUUAAAGUU